GGCUGGGGGCGGCCGGGUCGGCCCUCGCCGGGAUCCCAUUCCUCCUCCCUCGGUGCAUGGUCGCGGCGGGAGCGGAGGAGGGUGAGCCCGGCGGGGCGCGGGCCGGAGGCGGCGGCGAGAGCGGAGCCCCAGCGCGGAGGAGCCGCCUCUGCCCGAGAGCGGUAUUGCCAGGUGUCUGAAGUGGUUGACUAAGACCUAAGGAUUUGGAACAGUGGUGUAUGAUGUCAAACAGUGGGCAGUCCUUGUAGCCUCCCCCACCAGCCUGCAGUGUCAUGUGCCAGUAUGAAUGUUAAGGAAGAAACGCGUGCUUCAGAGCUCAGCAUCCCAGAAAGAAAAAAGGAGGAACUAAACAGAGAGAGCGAAUGAUUGCACUGCUUGCAAGACUUGAGGCUGCUCACUUCUCCUGAGAAACUUCAUCUUGGCCUUUGUGAGAGAGUUGGAAAAGUAGUCAGAGCAGCCACAGUGAUAUUCUUAGAGUCCUUUUCCUUUUUUAAUUUAAUUUUUUCUGCCUCGUGUCUGGAUUUUAAGUGUGCUGCACUGAUCACAAGCACUGGACAUCAAUAUGUGUCAUGUCAUUGUAACGUGUCGGUCGAUGCUAUGGACUCUCCUGAGUAUCGUGGUGGCUUUUGCAGAGCUCAUUGCCUUCAUGAGUGCAGACUGGCUGAUUGGCAAAGCAAAGCCUUCCAGCUCCGAGGAGGUGGACAACAGAAUGGGGGGACAGCAGGAGCCCUACCGUCCAACGCUGGGCAUCUACGGGCGCUGCACCAGGAUCUCCCACAUGCAGGUCUCCAGACGAGACACGCUUUGUGGUCCUUACGCUGAAAACUUCAGUGAGAUUGCCAGUGGGUUCUGGCAGGCAACCGCUAUUUUCCUAGCCAUGGGAAUCAUGAUUCUCUGCACCGUGGCAUUUGUGUCUGUCUUUACUAUGUGCGUGCAGAGUAUUAUGAAGAAAAGCAUUUUUAAUGUCUGUGGGCUGCUACAAGGGAUUGCAGGGCUCUUCCUUAUCUUAGGCUUGAUACUUUACCCUGCAGGUUGGGGAUGCCAGAAGGCGAUAAGCUAUUGUGGACCUUAUGCUUCUGCUUACAAACUGGGAGACUGCUCCUUGGGCUGGGCUUUCUACACAGCCAUCGGUGGCACCGUUCUGACCUUCAUCUGCGCGGUCUUCUCGGCGCAAGCUGAAAUAGCCACAUCCAGUGACAAAGUGCAAGAAGAAAUAGAAGAAGGAAAAAACCUUAUCUGCCUCCUUUAACUCCAGUGGGGAAAAAUACCAGCACCUGGAUCUUUAUCUGCUUUCCAUUGACUGGGCAAGCAGAUCCAUUUACCUGUUUUUAACAUUUGUGUGAUUGAGCCCCAUGCAUUCCAACCCUGAACUACUGAAAGGGUCUUUCUUCUUUGCUGGGCAGUGAGGAUCAGAGAAAGGAUCCCAGGAAAGCAGAAUGUAAAUACUUGGGGAUAUUUUUAGUUUCAUUCUGUGAUCAGGACACAGUGGAAUAUAUUAAUCCGACUGGGGAUGUGAGUAAUCACAUGUAUAUAGCAGGAAUGUUGUUAAAACUGAAAAAUUCUGAUUAAUCGGAUUGCCUAACCCUCCUUGGUCACUUUGAAGAGUAAUAAAAGCCAGCACAUUUUUUUUUCUUAAGCAAAAGAGAAGCCUAUUUUAAUGAGGCUUUGUUUCCAAGGGCUCCCUUCACUGGUGUAUAUUUCUUCACCAUCAUCUGGUUUGGUACCAUUUUCACGGAGGUGCUUUUUGGUACUGAACUUCCUAGAAGUGCAGUGUCUUCUUCGAUAUUAACUCUAUGUUGAGAGAGCAAAGCUGACAUUUACACCAGUCUCAAGGCAUUUAGACAGUCAAGUCCUUGCCAGGUUUCUCUCUCUUGAAACUUAAAGCACAAGGUGUGUGCAACUUAUUACUUAGCAGGUAAAUAUUGUUUCCACUGACUAGACAGAGAAGCUGUUAUUAGAUAGGCUCUCACCUGAUUCAGAUAAAACUGAAAUAUUUCUACAGCCUUUAUUAAAACUUCCGAAAUCUCAAGGAGACAACAGCUCCCCACAGCACCAGCCUUAUCUGGGCUGCAGCCUCUCCUACAACUGUGGAUUCCACAUUGUAAUUCAACAUUGUACCUUUUCUCUCGUCAGUGAAACGUCAUUCCCAGCCUACAGAUCAGUCUGUCUCAUGACCCAGACACACAUGAGUCUUUAGGAAAUUUAAAAUUUUCAGGAAGCCUUUACAAAUUCUAGAUGGCUGGGAAGAUUUUUUUUGUUUUGUUUUGGUUUUUUUUUUUUGUUUGUGUAGUAGUAGACCUUUUUCCAACUAAAUCAGCAGAAAUUAAACAGACGUUGCCACAAAUGCCAUUUUUUCUCAAAGCCAGCUCGUGUUAUUUGUGGUGGUGCCUCACUUACUAGAACUACUUCUGAUACCAAGUUUGUAAGGUAUUUUAACAAACUAAGGAAUGACGCAACUGUACCAUAGGAGCAUUGGGGAUAACUGAUCUGAGUAGUUCUAAUUAAAUACUAGGUGAAUUUUAGAUUCCUUUUCCUAUUUCUUGGUAGUUUAACAUCAUCUAGUGACAAUGUUGCUUCACUCUUACACAGAGCAGAGAUUCUUGGUUUUGCCUGGUCAGUCCCUUAAAAUGUGUCAUUAGUUAUUAUUAAAAUCUUUACUGUCCAGGUAGGUAGCUGCUUUCAAGGCACUGCUGAUGUGCUUCACAAGACAAGAGCUGUUCAGCAGUCCUGGUGGCGGGCCCAGGGCAGCCUGGAGGAUUGGCAA